UUUUCUGACGACAGUCAUAUUUCCAGUUAUCGUAAAUAUCAGUCUACACUUGCAACUGUUUCGUUAGUCUCUUCUCCUUAAAGCUUUAAGUCUCGUACGUGCGUUCAUUCAGAAUCUUCCAAUUACUAUCUAAGCAUAAAGUUCCUGUGGAAAGUAAUUUUAAUUUUCACAUAUUGUUGGCACUGGGGUGUUAAUUAACCCUCGCUGCUAGAUCUAAAAUUAGUAAUCGUAUUGAUUAGACUCGUUCAGUAUACGUGUAACUACAAUUUGAAGAGCAACCGUCUUCAAAUGGAGAACAAACUCAUUACGAAUAUUUACGAUUUAAUAUUACUGAUCAUCUUGAUUCUUAUUUCCGUAGUAAAUGUUUACUUUAUCAUUAAAGUUUUUGUCCUAUACAUACAGAGAGCUUAAGGACGAUAGGCACAUAAAAAGUCCUUCAAAGUCGAAGAAGACUAAAGCUUUUAAAUUCCCAUCGAAGAAAGAGAAACGUGAAAAAUCCAGGGAAAAAGAGGGCAAGGAGAAGGAUGGAGAGAAGGAGAAAGAGAAAAAGAAGAAGGAUAAAGAUGACAAGGAUGUAGAGAAGGAGAAACGCAAGGAGAAGGAAAAGGAUAAAGCGAAGCAAAAAUCAAAGGACCGUAAAAAAGGAAAGCACGCUGGAGAAGAUGGAUUAGACAUUGGUGAGGAGCAGCCGGUGUUUGGUGUCAGCCUGCAUUUGGCCGUGGAACGAAGUCGUUGUCACGAUGGAGUGGAGCUACCCUUGGUCGUGAGAGACUGCAUUGAUUUUGUGGAAGAACAUGGAAUGAACGUGGAGAGUCUGUACAAAGUCCCAGGAGUGAAAUCAAAAGUUCAAUAUUUAAAGAAGCUGUACAAUCAUCGGGAACCUGUGAAUCUGUCCGAGUUCGAACCUACAGUAGCUACCAGUUUAUUAAUAUUAUUUCUUAGGGAAUUGCCAGAGCCCGUUCUAGAGAGCAGCGAGAUGAUAUCUAGAUUCGAACAAGCGGCAUCCACGAAGGAUGUCGCGCAGCGAGAAGCGCAAUUGAUACAUUUGGCUGAACAACUACCCGAAUGUAACAACGUUCUUCUCGCGUGGAUCAUACUGCACUUGGAUCACGUCACGGCACGAGAAAAGACGACUAAAAUGAAUGCUCAAAGUAUCUCGAUGACAUUAAGCCCUGUAUUGCAAAUGAGUCACAGGCUACUAUUAGCUUUGUUGUGUCACUGUAAAGCCCUUUUCCCUAAUGUACAAUUAACGAAAUAUGUGCCGCCGCUCGCAGCCGGAAGCGUGAAUCUUCCGGAUACCGUCGAAAGUAUAGCGGCUGAAUUAGCUAAGCAAGAAUCGUUGCUAUCGCAAAUACAUAUGCAAAUGAACGCAGGUUUCGUAACGAAAUCACGCGAGGAACAAUUGUGGGAAGUACAACGUAUGAUAACGCAAUUGAAGAGGAAGUAUAAAACUGUCCAAAAGAUGGAAGGUGCUGCGCAAAAGAGUUUAGACGAGGAGGUGAAAUCAAAUGACGAGACUGUGACAGAGUCAAAUGUACAAAAGACGAGGACGGAGGAAGAGGAUGGGGAACAUGCGAAGUUGGAGACCCCGUCAACGUCUAGCUUGAUGCUAAAGAAAACCAACAAAUCGCAUGUUUCAGAAGACAAUAAAGAACCAAUAAGUACAAACGUUCCGCAGAGCGAUCGGAAUCAUGUUCAUACGGUUGACAAGGACAUCGUUGAUUAUGCAGACACAUCUGCGUUCGCAGCCCAGUCUAACGCGGAACAGGAAACCGCUUUGUCCAAAACGAAUGAGAAUGUUUCAGCUGUGGAAUCCGAGCCUGAGAAUGCUAUUGAUAAGUUGAGAGAGAGUUUAAUUUACGAAGAACUGUUAAAUAUGCAAGCGUUAUUAAAGUCGCGAAUAAAUCAGGAGAGGCACGAGAUUAAACGAUUAAUCGAGUUGUUAUCGGAACGCGGCCCGGAAAAGAUAAAACCAAAGGAGAGAAUACAUUCGCCGAAUGAAGCAGAGAUGACAGCUAUGAUCCAACUAAUCAAAGAAAAUCAAUUGCUUGAGAAAAAGAUGACCACUCUGAUCCGUAGUAUCAUUGAAGAAAAGGACGCUUGCAUCGAGCUCCGUGUUCAACUAGCAGUCCACCAAUUAGCGGCUAAAACCUGACUGUUGAUUACGAUAUAAUACUUUGAAUUUAUAAAACAAAAAGAAACUAAGUACACAUUACACAGAUUCUGAAAAUAUGUAACAUGAUGUUUUGCACAGAAUGAACACAUAUAGUUUAUAAGAUGUUAUUACAACCAUGUUUUCUUGGCUCAUUCUAUUCUCUUGUAAAAUAAUAAAAAGAAGAACAUA